AUGGAAGUGGAUACCGGGCCAUCCACCGCAGUUAUAGGGGAACAUACGUUCAAAUAUCUGAAUGAAGGAGACCACUCAUUAAAUCUAGAAAAUUCAGAUGAAGACAUGCCAAAUGAAAAUGUUGGCGCACAGUUACUUAUGGUGGCCAGUGAUGGAUACAGAAAUCGAAAACUUAGUCAAGAACUGCAUACAGUGCCAACAUACAGAAAUUGCCACCUUCUGCUCGAUCGCAUCCCUGGGAAUGGCCAGGAAAGCCAUGGGUCCACCUCCAUGUUGACUACGUGGGGCCUCUUUUUUGGGCACAAUGUUCCUCUUGAUUAUAGACGCACAUUUGAAGUGGAUGGAUACUUAAAAGCUUCCUGUGAUGCACCAUGGUUUCGGUGCAAAAAUGGACGCUGUGUGCCGUCACUGUGGAAAUGUGAUGGCGAUGAUGACUGUACUGAUGGUAGUGAUGAAGAUGACUGUGGUAAGAUCACCUGUGGAACUUCAGAAUUUGUUUGCCAUAGUGGACAUUGUGUGCCAAAUAAAUGGCAGUGUGAUGGCACAUCUGAUUGUGAGGAUGGAUCAGAUGAAAGUCCAGAUAUCUGUUAUGCAAGAAUAUGUCACUUAGAUGAAAUAAGCUGUGGUCCUGGGUCUCUUCAGUGUAUUCCUGCUUCUUGGAAAUGUGAUGGAGGAGCAGACUGUGACAAUGGUAGUGAUGAAGAGAACUGUGGCACUUUGAUUUGCAGUAUACUUGAGUUUACUUGCUCCAAUGGCAGAUGUAUUUCCAAAACAUUUAUCUGCAAUGGUGAAGAUGACUGUGGUGAUGGAAGUGACGAAAAAGGUUGUGCUCAAUCUAUUUGUCACACUCAUGAGUUCCAAUGCAACAGUUCAGAAUGUAUCCCCUUGAAUUGGGUGUGUGAUGACAACAUUGACUGUGCUGACCAAUCUGAUGAAUCUCCAGAACACUGUGGGCAUACGCUUCCUCCUGUGACCUGUUCUCCCAGUGAGUUCCUAUGUAAUUCUGGCAAAUGCAUCAAUCAUCGCUGGUACUGCGAUGGAGAUAAUGAUUGCAAAGAUGGAAGUGAUGAAGUUAACUGCCCUCCUCAAGCAUGUAGACCAGAUCACUUCCAAUGUGGUGAUGGUAAUUGCAUUCCUAGGAGCAAGAUAUGUGAUGAAUUUGCAGACUGUUCUGAUGCUAGUGAUGAAGCCAAUUGCAAGAAAGAAUGCACAAGUCCAACUGACUUCGAAUGCCGAAGUGGUGAAUGCAUAGCUAUAACUCAAGUGUGUAACCAUAAAUGGGAUUGUAGAGAUUGGAGUGAUGAACCCUUCAAAUGUGGGUUAAAUGAAUGCUUGGUGAACAAUGGAGGCUGCUCUCAUAUUUGCAGAGACCUGCUUAUUGACUAUGAAUGUGAUUGUCCUGCUGGUUUUGAGCUAAGUGAUGAGAGAACCUGUGGUGAUGUUGAUGAAUGUCAAAGUCCUGGAAUCUGCAGCCAAAUUUGUAUUAAUUUAAAAGGAAGCUACAAAUGUGAAUGUUAUGAAGGAUAUCACAUGGAUCCUGCUAAUAGAGUUUGCAAAGCUAUAGGCAAAGAGCCUUACUUGAUCUUCACAAAUCGUCAUGAUAUUCGGAAAAUGGGACUGCAUCACCGUGAGUACACCCAGGUAGUUGUGCAGCCGAGAAAUGCUGUAGCACUGGAUGCUGACAUUGCAGAACAGAGAAUCUUCUGGGCUGACUUGGGCCAUCAUGCAAUUUUCAGCAUGUCUGUGAAUAGAUAUAAUGGUACAGCUGGUCAGUCAGUCCUUGCUAAGGAUUUGAGCAUUCCUGUGGGAAUUGCUGUGGAUUGGAUUUACAAGCAUAUCUACUGGGCUGAUCAAGGUACAAAAACUAUAUCUGUGGCUACGUUCGAUGGAUCUAGAAGGAUCAUUCUCUUCGACACCAAGCUAACAGAACCAACUUCAGUAGCAGUUGAUCCACUAUCUGGGUUUAUUUACUGGUCAGACUGGGGUGAGCCAGCAAAGAUUGAAAAAGCAGGAAUGAAUGGUGUUGAUCGACAAAUCCUGGUUAAUAAAGAUAUUCAGUGGCCAAAUGGCAUUGCACUUGACCUUGUGAAACAUAGCCUUUACUGGGUUGAUGCAAAAUUGCACACAUUGUCAAGUAUAGGCCUGAAUGGGCAGGGUCAAAGAAUAGUGCUUUUAUCACAAGAUUUCCUUUCUCACCCCUGUGGUAUUGCAGUAUUUGAGGAUCAUGUUUUCUGGGCUGAUGAAGAAACAGAAGCAAUCUAUGGAGCCAACAAGUUCACAGGAACAGAUCUAGAGAUGCUUAUUUCUAAUCUCCAGGAAGCACAGGAUCUCUUGGUUUAUCAUGAGCUAAUUCAGUUGCCUGGCAUGAACUGGUGCAGUGAGGGUGGAAGCUGUGAAUACAUGUGUCUCCCUGCUCCGCAGAAAGAUACUUUCUCUCCGAAGUACACUUGUGUGUGUCCAUCUGGAAUGAAACUGGAGCAUGGACAAAAGUGCAAUACAGGUACCCUUACUUGCAGCAUUCUGGAAUUUACUUGCUCCAGUGGCAGAUGUAUUUCCAAGUCCUUUGUUUGUAAUGGUAAAGAUGAUUGUGGUGAUGGAAGUGAUGAAAAAGGAUGUACUCAAUCUGUCUGUAGUUCACAUGAAUUUCAGUGCAGUAGUUUAGAGUGUAUCCCUUCAAGCUGGGUGUGUGACAAUAACUUUGACUGUAUAGACAAGUCUGAUGAAUCUGCUAAACAAUGUGGAUAUACUCCUGCACCCCUGGCAACCUGUUCCAAUGGUGAGAUUCGGUGUCAUUCAGGUGAAUGCAUCCACCGCCAAUGGUACUGUGAUGGUGAUAAUGAUUGCAAAGAUCGAAGUGAUGAAAGAAAUUGUCCUCCUCACACUUGUCAACCCGAUUACUUCAGAUGUGUUGAUGGUUCCUGUAUCCAUGAAAGUGUGAAAUGUAAUGGAUAUAAGGACUGCAGUGAUGGAAGUGAUGAAGUUAACUGUAAAAAUGUAUGUGUAACGCCAACUGACUUCAAAUGUCAAAGUGGAGAAUGCAUAGACAUUACCAAAGUAUGUAACCACUGGCAAGACUGCAAGGAUCGAAGUGAUGAGCCUCCUGAAUGUAGCUUGAAUGAAUGCCAGAUGAACAAUGGUGGCUGCAUGCAUAUCUGUAAGGAUCUUGUUAUUGGCUACAAAUGUGAAUGCUCUCCUGGCUUUGAGCUGAUUGAUGGCAAAAACUGUGGAGAUAUUGAUGAAUGUCAAAAUCCUGGAACUUGCAGUCAAAUUUGUAUCAACAUAAUAGGAAGCUAUGAAUGUGAAUGUCACAAAGGAUAUAAGGAUUCAGUGAAUGGAGUUUGCAAGGCAAUAGGAAAAGAGCCCUAUUUGGUCUUCACUAAUCGCCAUGAUAUAAGGAAAAUUGGAUUGCGCCAAAAGGAAUACACCCAAGUAGUUUGGCAGCUGAGAAAUGCUGCAGCACUUGAUGCUGAUGUUGCAGCACAAAGGGUCUUCUGGGCUGAUUUGGAAGAGCAAGCAAUUUUUAGUAUGUCCAUGGAGAAACAUGAAAAGACAAUUCAUAAAUCCAGCAUUGUCAAAGAUCUUGGAAUCCCUGUGGGAAUUGCUGUGGACUGGAUCUACAAACACCUUUAUUGGACUGAUUGUGGCACUAAAACCGUAUCUGUCGCUAACUUCAAUGGAACCAAAAGGAAAAUCCUUUUUGAUACAGAUCUGAUGGAACCAGCUUCUGUAGCUGUUGAUCCACUGUCAGGGUUUCUUUACUGGUCAGAUUGGGGUGAGCCAGCAAAGAUUGAAAAAGCAGGAAUGAAUGGAAAUAACCGUGAUCUUCUAGUGGCCAGGGAUAUUCAAUGGCCGCAUGGUAUUGCUCUUGAUCUUGUGAAAGGUCGUCUCUAUUGGGUUGAUUUGAAGCUGCACAUAUUAUCAAGCAUAGACUUGAAUGGUAAAGACAGAAGAACUGUACUGCAAUCAAGAGAAUUCCUCAGUCAUGCUUUUUCAAUUACUAUAUUUGAGGAUCGUGUGUUCUGGGUUGAUGGAGCAAAUAAAGCUGUGUAUGGAGCCAAUAAAUUUACAAGCUCUAAUGUAGAGCUUUUAGCUGCCAAUCUUACUGAACCUCUAGACAUCAUUGUUUAUCAUGCACUGACACAACCAGCAGGCAAAAAUUGGUGUGCUGAGAAUCUGAAGACAAGCAGCUGUGAAUACAUGUGUCUCCCAGCUCCUCUGACAGAGAGUCACAAUUCAAAAUACACUUGUGUGUGUCCAUCUGGAAUGAAAUUGCAGGAGGAUGGAUGGCAUUGCAGAAUGGUUGCUACCUGUGGAACAUCGGACUUUGUUUGUAACAACAAACAAUGCAUACCUAGUAGGUGGCUGUGUGAUGGUAAAGCUGAUUGUGAAGAUGGAUCUGAUGAAAGUACAGAGGUCUGUUAUAAAAUAACCUGUCUUGGCCAUGAGAUCUCCUGUGGCCCUGGAUCUCUUCAAUGUAUCCCUGUUGCUUGGCAGUGUGAUGGAGAAAAGGACUGUAGUAAUGGUGGUGAUGAGAUUGGCUGUGGUAAAAUAACUUGCAGCCCUGUGGAGUUUACUUGCUCCAGUGGUAGAUGCAUUUCUAAGACAUUUGUCUGCAAUGGUGAGAAUGAUUGCGGUGAUGGAAGUGAUGAAAACAGUUGUGCUUCAGCUACCUGUGGCAUUCAUGAGUUUCAGUGCAAUAGUUCAGAGUGCAUACCCUUGAAUUGGGUAUGUGAUAACAAUGUGGAUUGCAUUGAUAAAUCUGACGAGUCACCAGAACGCUGUGGGCAUACAUUUCCCCCUCCUGUGGCCUGCUCUCCCAGUGAGUUCCUGUGUGAUUCAGGUGAAUGUAUCCACCGUCGAUGGUACUGUGAUGGUGAUGCUGACUGCAAAGAUGAAAGUGAUGAGGCUAACUGCCCUUCUCUAACAUGUAGACCUGAUCACUUCAGAUGUCAUGAUGGCAACUGCAUACUUGGAAAUAAGAGAUGCAAUCUAUUUAGGGACUGUAAUGAUGGUAGUGAUGAAGUCGGCUGCAAGAAAAUACAUGCCUUCCAAAGCACUCAUUUUCUUUUUUGGGCUAUAGUUUCAGAGUGCACUGGGCCUACUGACUUCAAAUGUCAAAGUGGAGAAUGCAUAAAUAUCACCCUAGUAUGUGACCACAAGCAGGACUGCAAGGACUGGAGUGAUGAACUUACUGGAUGUAACCAAAAUGAGUGUUUGAAGAAGAAUGGAGGUUGUUCUCACUUCUGCCAGGAUCUUGUCAUCGGUUAUGAAUGUAAAUGCCCUACUGGUUUUGAAUUAAUUGACCUCACAACCUGUAAUGACAUCAAUGAGUGCCACAAUCCUGGAUCCUGCAGCCAAAUUUGUAUAAAUACUGAAGGAAGCUACAACUGUGAAUGUCAUGCAGGAUAUCUUAUGGAUCCAGCUAAUGGAGCUUGCAAGGCAGUAGGAAAAGAGCCAUAUUUGAUCUUCACAAAUCGCCAUGACAUUAGGAAGCUAGGACUACAUCACCAAGAGUACACACAAGUAGCUAUGCAGCUAAGAAAAACUGUAGCACUGGAUGCUGACAUUGCAGAACAGAGAAUCUUUUGGGUUGAGUUGGGCCAGCGAGCAAUUUUCAGUAUGCUCAUGAACAAAGGUGGUGAGGCUCGUAUUUCCAAAAUCAUUGCUGAUUUGAAAACCCCUGUCGGAAUAGCAGUGGAUUGGAUCUACAAGCAUAUCUACUGGACUGACCGUGGGACUAAAACUAUAUCAGCAGCUACGUUUGAUGGAAGCAAAAGGAUGAUCCUCUUUGACACUGACCUAAGGGAACCAGCUUCUGUAGCAGUUGAUCCACUUUCAGGGUUUAUAUACUGGUCAGAUUGGGGUGUCCCAGCAAAGAUUGAAAAAGCAGGCAUGAAUGGCAUGAACCGUCAACUUUUAGUUGCCACCAAGGUUCAGUGGCCAACUGGCAUUGCACUUGAUUUUGUGAAAAACCGUCUCUAUUGGGGUGAUGUAAAGUUGCACAUGAUAUCAAGUGUAGACCUAAAAGGUCAGAAUCGGAGAACAAUAUUGCAAUCUCAGGAAUUCCUUGCACAUCCCAGUGCAGUUGCAUUAUUUGAGGACCAUGUAUUCUGGGUUGAUGCAGAGAACAAAGCUGUUUAUGGAGUCAAUAAGUACACUGGAAAUAAUGUGGAGGUUUUAGCUUCAAAUGUUGAAGCUCAAGACAUCAUUGUUUAUCAUGAGCUAAUACAGGCACCUGGGAAAAACUGGUGCCAGCAUGGAGCUUGUGAGUACAUGUGCCUUCCUGCUCCUCAAAUUAACAGUCACUCAGCAAAAUAUACUUGUGUAUGUUCAUCUGGAAUGGAGUUGAGCAAUGAUGAACAGCAGUGUCACCCAGUAAUUGCACAUACUUCAUCUGCAAAUGUGUCUGCAAUGGCUUCAGGUUUUGCCUCAGAAUUUCCCUUUCGUUUGCUGACUGUAUCACCAACAAUCCUAGCUACUUCCAGAGAUAUAAAUUUAAAUGCCUCUCUUGAAGAAAAGUCAAAAAGAGGAUCUACAGCCAUUUGGCACUUCUGACAAUCACUGGCUUUAUUGGCUUCUUUAUUUGGCAAUCCUGGCAGAAGAAUAUGCAAUACACAAGUUUUGAGAAUCCA